AUGAUUUGUAUAAAGAAAAACCUGCUCUUCCAUGACUCGUUUUCAGUUGAGUUUCUAUCAGAUAGCAUAAGAUUAUCAAAUUCCAAGAAGAUGGUUCAACACAAAAUAAAACUGCUUGAAGACACAACAAUUGAAUGGAAGUUGUCAAAAUGUCAGUAAAAGUUGACUGGGUUUGGCAUAUUGGUGAACGGCUUGUGGGAAUAUUUCGAUAUGGAGAGGAGCCAUUUAGAAUUAUUCAAAUAGUUCCUGGACGCAAAAAUCUCCUAUCGAAACAUUCACAAAAUCUACUAAAUGGUAUCAUUUUGUGGUAGGGGAACAUAUGGACAUGUAUUUAAAUAUUAGAAUCGUUUGACUGAGGAGUAUGUGGCUUGCAAAUCUCUGAAGAUGGGGAGUGCCUACAAAUAUGAAGACUUUAUGAGAGAAGUGAAGGCGUUGUAGAGAUUAAAACAUCCAAAGAUAGUUAAAAUGAAGGAAUAUUAUGUGGAGUCUAAACAUUUUUAUAUAGUGAUGGAAUAUUUAGAAGGGAGGUCACUUAAGGAAUUGUUAAAAUCGAGAAAUUUGAAGGAACAAGAAAUCUUUAUAAUAUUUAAAUAAGUGUUGGUUUGUAUAAAUCACAUUCAUAAGGAAGGGUAUGUAUAUAGGGACAUAAAAUAAGAAAACGUUUUAUUUGGAGAAACUGACAAUUUGUAAACUGUGAAGCUGAUAGAUUUUGGGUUGACAGAGAAGAAGAGUGAUCUGGGUGUAUGGUAAAACAGAGUGUGUGGAACACCUGGAUAUUUGGCUCCAGAGAUGUUGAAGCCUCAAAAUACAUGUAAUGACAAAAUUGAUAUGUUUGGAUUGGGAAUUCUAUUGUGGGAAAUGAUCCAUAACUGUAGGUUUUUUUAAGGAGGCAAUUUAGACGAGGUCUUAAGAUUGAAUGAAAAAUACACAUUUUGCUAAGAGUACACACAGAAUAUUGAGAAUCCCACUUUGAAAUAUUUAGUGGAGAGGAUGCUUCAACAGAAUCCUGAAGACAGAAUCUCUAGUGCUGAUGCUUUAAGUUAUUUGAGUUCAGCCGAGAGGAAUAGUUGUGAAUGCAGGAAGAAUUAUGACAAUGAUAGUACAGAUUGA